GUAGCUGAAUGACGUAGAUUGYUCAGGGUGGCUGAUAAAACAAGAUACGUUGACUUUACUGUGGAUAUUUCUUGCUGUUCCAGACGACGUCACUAAUCAUUUUGGGUUCCCACUCGUUCUAUCGCUCGUUUGAACUCCUGGUGGCGAAGAACCGGUUCUCAAAACCCAAAACACAGACCGCUUUUUCUCAAGACUAAAACCAUGGCAAACGUACAGUGUAUUUCGUGUAAUUCGCCGAUUUAUGACGCCGCAGCAUCAUGCAAAUGCGGUCACGUCAAUGAAGCCAUGCGCACAAUCGCAGGCAAAAGAUUCUCUGGUUACCGAGAAGAGCUUUACACACGAAGGGUUAUCAAGGAAAGUAGAGAUGAAUACCGCAGAAUGAAGCGGGAAUCCCUCGGGACCAGGAAAAGAAAAAGGAAAUCUUCAACACCUGAAAAACUCCGUUUGAGAAGACAAAGAAAAAAACAAGACGACAUGUGUACGAUCACGUCUGACAGUCACGAUCAGCUGAAUGAUGGAUUAGAUUGUGAUAAUCUAACACAUAUGACGUCAUAUACUAAUGGUAACCAUGACAACCAUACCCAAAUACACCUGCAAGAUAUUACAGCUGAUGAAAGUAACAAGACACACGACUUGUUGGAAAUACGAGAUGACCUCGAAAAUGACGUUCAUAUUGAUUCAAGCAUUGGACAUGUGAAUGAAUGUCCCUCCUACAAACAAUACCUCCCUACUACAAAAACAAUCUCACACAAACGCGGUCCAAAGAAGACAACUUUCAACCAAUUCAACAGAAAAACAAGAGAUGGUUGUCGAGAAAAUAAGACAAGAAUAAUAAGACCGAUGAAGCAGUUCGCUAUUGCUGGACCGUUAGCAGAAAUCAACAAGAGACUCAUGAAUCAGAGUGGAUUCUGGAUGUGUUUGGGUGAUAGUCUUGGGUUAAGUAAACCCGCUGCUGCAGAUGUCGUGCUAUAAAAAUCCUUUACUGCGCAAAAGAAGAUGCAAAAGCACUUGCGGUCAAUUUUUUUUUUUCGUAGAGCGACAAAUUAAUUGUAUCUUUAAUUGUAUUUUUGUGUGUUUGAUCCUAAAAUAAACUAUAAGGGCCAUAAAUAG